AUGACUUCUCUUCCGACUAACAAAGCACCAAAUCCAUUUAAGCAAGCCGAUAAGAUAAAUUUGCCGAAUUUUCGAGAUUGCUAUGCCUCCUUCGAGUGUUCACUAAAGAACCUCGGGCAACAUACUAUAAUGGCACAAAGCCCAGCCUACAAACUAAACCGCAAUAGCAAUGAAAGGGAAGAUAACGAGAAUGAAAAGGAAGAAGGGGAUCUGACAUUGAUUUCUUUAAAUUCGACGUGCAGUUUUGGUGGCAGCUCGCCGAAUUUUAAUGAUGAAGAAGACGAAGAAGGGGCUACGAUACCGACGUCACAUAUGAUGCAACUAUGCGAAGAAGAUGCAGGAGAAAAAGGGGAUAAAAUAAUCAAAGCAAUAAAAGAGGUGGUCAGGGAAGAGGAAAAGGAAGGAGGGGAAGGAACCUCUCCGACGACAUUUAACGACAUUGCUUUCACACCAAACAGUCUCUCUCCCCCUCUCUUUCAUCAGGAACGUCACAAUAAUUAUGAUGAUAAUAACUAUUAUUAUAAUUAUUCAUCCUAUUCUGCUAAAGUCAAUUCAGACUCAAAGGGAAAAGAAAGAAGGAGCUUAAGAAAGGCGUUGCCCCCGGCAGUAACGACGCCGUCGUCUAUUGAGCAGCGCGUUUCGGCAAUAAUACCGCCGUUAGAUUGUUUAGAGAGCGGCGCGUUUGCGUAUUAUCAACCUAGACUAUCUUUACAAGAACGUAUUCCUUAUUCUUCAUCUUUUAUGGCUGCAUAUUCAAACCAUUUUUGA